GAGCUGAACAAAAGCCCGUUGACAGCGGAGAGGGGGGUGUGCUGCCGGCUCUGGAGCAGCGCUGUACCGGUGUUCAUAGUCUUAUCACCGGAGCUUUGUGCCUAACGCGAGCGUUAUGAAAGAAAACCAGUGUCCGACAUCAUAAAACGCGAUGUCGCGCCCCUCUGAACGCUCCACUCUGCGUCUGUGAGCCUGGAGCCGGGAGACGGGCGGCUGUCGGGCUCUGACUGGUCACCGGGGCACCAGCCCGGUGUCUGACCCGCGGUGAACCUGAAGGAUGACAGCCGCAACAGCCUCUCCGCUGGCGGCCAGAGACAGGCUCCUGCAGGCCAUCGACAGCCAGAGUAACGUGUCCAACAUGAUGGUGGUUUUGGACGUCAUUUCUUUCCUGGAGAAAUAUCCCAUCACCAAAGAAGCACUGGAGGAAACUCGCCUAGGAAAGCUGAUCAAUGACAUCCGGAGGAAAACCCAAAAUACUGAGUUGGCAAAGCGGGCCAAGAGGCUUCUGCGUGGUUGGCAGCAGCUCCUCCUGCCCGGGUCUGCUGAGGCCUGCUGCAAGAUGGACAGCAAGGCACCAUGGUCUUCUUCUCAUGAAUCAUCUCAUCCACACAUCUCCUCCUCAUCUGUACCUCCAACCAAGAAAACAAUCUGUGAGCUCAAGAGCCGAAAUGAUUUCAACAACUGUAAAGCUGGAAAGAAGCAUCACAAAAUCCGCAAGGCUGACCGCAGUGUACAUGAAACAACAAAGCUAACAAAGCUAUCUAAGAUAAUUCCUGACCGAACACAUUUAAACAUAUCACACAAUAGCAAUGGAAUUAAUGGCCUUAAAAUCCAGGUAAACAAGCCGCUCAGCACGUCCCUGUUACUGAAAGCAUCUGUUAUGCAGCAACAGGCCGGUGCCUCUAGAGGGCAUCGCACCAAGAAAACUACAUGCAGUUCAUCACAACAGGAAAUUGUGAAAAAGGCUAGACAACAACCACACACUCCAAGUUUAAGCAAAGAGGAUAUUCCCCAAAUAGAUUCUGAAUGUUUGAAAUCGUCAUCACAUGGUUUGAGCAAGUCAGUUGACAAGCAGACCUGUUUGGGUACAUUUGGGGAUAACAAAAAAGAUGUUAAAUUAAAAGAUAAACAACUUGUAUUUAAUCCCAAAACAUGCCAAAUAAAAUGCAAUAAACAAGGUGAAACUGAAAAUGAACUGAAAAAUAUUAAUCAUAAAAAGCUUGUCAUAUCCAAUCAGGGAGCGUCCAGUAGUUUGCAGCUGACCAACUGGAAAGAGGUGUCUACAUCUGAGAGUAUACAGUCUUACCUCAGUCACCAGAGCAGUGUGUUGUCAGCAGUGCCCAGUGUGCCCAGUGUGCCCAGUGUGCCCAGUAUGUUCAGUGCAUCCAGUGCAUUAAACAGUAGAGGAGACCAGUCAGUGCCUCUGCCCAAGAGCCCUCCUGUGGAUGUGCCGGGGGUUAGUAGGCCUGUCACAGCUGCUGAUGUGCAGAGGCUACACACCCAGCGCUGGCCAGGAGUCAACGGACGCCUCGAUCCUUGGGGACACUGGUCAGACUGGACCCAGAGCUUCUCUGUGGAUGUGGGUGCUGAUGGGAGCAGGCUGAAUGUUCUGCCUUAUGUCUGUCUAGACUGAGAGCUCAAGAUCUGGAGAUGGGUCUUUAGAUAUUGCACUGCCACUGGCGUUCAAGAACCCAUUUAAAACAUUGCCUAAUAAGAUACAUGCAAUAUAUGACUUUAUGUCUACAGUAUUUGCCCAGGGCAGUAAGCAAAUGCCGGCCAGUAAAUAAAUUAUAAAUAAUCAAAUUAUAAGUAAAAUUGGUUUGUACACACACACUUACAUAUGGUUUAAUAUGGAGGUUUAAUAUGAAAUAGCCCUGGUCAGUCUUUGCUCUUUCUCUGGGCUGUUUGCUCAGCUCACUCAUCAAGCUGUUGAUUGAUUCCAAUGAUCUUUUAUUUUUAACUCUCAUGAAAUUCCACAUAUUUGUUUAGUUGAAGGAGCUGUGUAUUCCUCUUUGUGAUUUGAAAGAUGGGCAAGAUUAUAUAAAUCGCCUAAGAGAUAUGUGAAGGGUUGAAAACAAAGCCAUAUGCAACAAAAAAGCAAAUACUAUAAUGUGCUAUCACAUUGUUGGACACUAUUGGAUACAUGUAUUCAGACUUCAGACACAGAUGCUGUGUCCAUGUGUAAUGUCCCUUUAAUAAAGGCAGAGUACAACUUUAACUGAAAAUAAUGAAAUCUAAUGUUCAGAAAAGUGUUUGUAUGAUGUCUGCUUUUGUAAAGAUGUUACAUUGUUUUUUUUAUCAUUACAACUUUAGUAAACAGUGAUGGUUUAUUGUUAUUUAUUCGCAACGGUGUUUUAAUGUAUUUCUGCUUUUGAGAUUAUCAAAUGCUGGAUAAAUACACCAUUCCAGACGUUUACCUUUAAAUGAAAACUAGAAUGUUCUCCUUUUUUUAUAAUUUUAAUAUGAAUGGACUAAAUCAGUUGUCUGCAAUCUUUGUGUAAAGGGAAUUGACAACAGGGUGUAAUGAAUUUAUUGAUUUUUUUUUUAUAAAUAAGUAAACAAAUAAAUAAAUAAAAGUGAUUAUUUCCC